CCCCUCAUACACGCAAACAACCCCCUCCUCAUACCAACGGUGUCUUAAGAAUCGAAUACAUCUUGGGUUAUUGUAUACCUUUGCGACGAUACGCAAAUGACAAGCGGGGGUUAUCUUUGACGGCAGCGGCGAAUCGCCAUAACUGAAACAAUUCUGAUUAAUAUCGCGACCACGUUUAUCGCCCCCUCACGGUUAUCGAGAUCGUCUGCCAGUCGAAGCGAUAUUGACAUUGACUUUGAGUUUACUUUCUGGAAGAGAAGUCACUUUCGCGCCAAUCGCGAUCGUCUGCUUGUGGGGAGAAUACUUUUGGCGUCGUCUUAAUUUUGGAAGACUUGUUUUGAAAAAGGAACUCUUUAAGAUGUAACAAAACACACACAGGACGACCGUCGUCGAUGUGUAUUCACGUAUAAUUAAUACACUACGGUGUUGUUUGUUUAAAGCGACCAACAAGCACCGGUUAAUUAAACGAUCCAUGUUCCUGAAUAUACUCUAAUUGGAAUAUAAUCAAACGACAGUUGCAUAUACUUUGUAUUGGAUGAUAAUUUAUGGCUUCAUCGUCUUUAAACCUUUAGCUCAGGAUUCGUCAAGGUAAACAUUUAUAAAUAUGGAAUCAAAACUUGGAUAUAUACCACUGGUGGUUCUAGUCAUCUGCUCUUCCUUCAUCAUAGAGGCCCAGUGCUCUGAAUCUGCCGAAGCACUGUUUGAGAAACUGAUGACAAAAUACAACCCUCUGAUUCGGCCAGUAGCUAACGACUCCGAUAUCCUGGAUGUAUUUAUCGGCCUAGCCCUAUCACAACUUGUCGACAUCGAUGAAAAGAACCAGAUCAUGGUCACUAGUAUCUGGCUUAAACAGCAAUGGACGGAUUACAGACUCGUAUGGAAACCCGAGGACUAUGGUGGCAUUACCUACAUCCAUUUCCCAAUCCAACGAUUAUGGGCACCAGACUUGGUUCUCUAUAACACAGCUGAAGGAGCAUAUGCUGUGGAGGUGAUGAACAGUGCCACGAUUUUCUACGAUGGCUCAGUCACUUGGAAACCUCCCGCUAUUUUCCGCAGCUCCUGCAGCAUUGACAUUGAGUACUUCCCGUUCGACGAGCAGCGUUGCAUCAUGAAAUUCGGAUCCUGGACUUACGCCGGUGACGUCGUCGACCUGAUCGCGUUGAAUUCCAACGUCGAGCGAGAGAACUACCGCGCGAACGGCGAGUGGGAGAUCGUCGAUGCACCCGCUGUCAGGUCCGCCCUCAAGUACCCCUGCUGCGUGGAGAUCUACAUCGAUGUUACCUACACGUUAGUUCUGCAUCGGAAUCCGUUGUUUUAUAUCAUUACCUUGGUGAUCCCCUGUGUGCUGAUCUCGUUGAUGACCGCGCUGGUUUUCUACCUCCCCUCCGACGCUCAGGAAAAGAUCACCCUCUCCAUCUCCGUUCUUCUGGCUCUCAUCGUGUUCCUUCUCUUGAUCCCUAACCUCAUCCCGCCAACCUCAAAGACCAUACCCCUCAUCGGUCGGUACAUGCUCUUCACCAUGGCCAUGGUAUCCCUGUCCAUCCUGGCCACCGUCGUCACCAUCAACGUCCACUUCCGCAGCAUCACCACCCACGAGAUGCCACCAUGGAUGAAGACGUGGUUCUUGAACUAUUUACCCCGGGCUUUCUGCAUGGAGAGACCCGAUGGACUGAAGGCGAGGAAGGAGAAGAAGAUGAAGAAGAAGCUGCAGAAGGAAGCCAUCAGGAAGUACAACAAUCCGUACAUGUACUCGCCCUCCUCAUCGUCAGGGGUAUGGGAAGAAAGAUCGGGGAACUACAGUCAGAAUGGCAACUACAGGAUGUAUAAUGGAAGACCCUACAAUAAACUUGAGCUCCGAACGAUCACGCCAUCACUGCGGGAAGAAAUAGAAGGGCGCGAAGUCGAGCACAACACGAUGCGACGAUUCAGAGCGGACUCAGACGAUUCAGACGAAGGGAGCUCGAGAACUCGUGAGAGGGAAUGGAAGGCCCUCCUAGCAUCUCUUCAGUAUAUCAAAGACAACAUCAAUUAUGAGGAUGACGUCGACCAGUCGGAGGAAGACUGGAAGUUCGUGGCCUUAGUCAUCGACCGUAUUCUUCUUUGGGUCUUCCUGUUAGUCGCCGUUGUCGGAACGAUCGCCGUCUUCAUCGAGGCCCCCAUCUUCUGGGAGAAGAGCGACGCCCAUCCCAUACUCGUCCACGAAGAACCCGUUCUCAUCUCCCGUCUAACAAACGACCAGAUACAGGGAAGCGCAUGAUCACUGACUGACGGACUAUUACUCACUAAGUGUACACGAGUGACAUGGAAAUCCACUCUAAAAAUUGAGAGUAGAAUCCACUCCAAAAAGAGUCAUUCAAACAUACAUUAGAGUAGAUUUCACUAUAUUUUCGAGUUGAUUUUACUAUAUUUUAGAGUGGAUUCCACUAUAUUUUGGAGUGGAUUCCACUAUAUUUUGGAGUGGAUUCCACUAUAUUUUGGAGUGGAUUCCGCUAUAUAUGGAUUUGAAUUGAUCCCAAGUAUGACUGAUAAAAGAAUGGAAAUCCAAUGUCCACUCCUCUGCAUCAAUAUGUUAUAGCCUAUCAUAAACUUUUAAAAAAAUAUCUACUAAUAGCAAUGCAUUUUAAUCGUCUUUUCUGGUGCGGAGUUUAUUCAGUUUAGGAACACGAGAAGACAUUCGUAGUAAAAAAAAAAAAAAAAAC